AUGAAAGAGAAUGCAGGGCAAGCCGGCAUACCUGUUUCCAAUGUGGAAAAGUUGGACAUUAUGCUAGUGUUUGUCUGGAGAGCGGUCAGCCGCUGUAACCGUACCAGCAGCGUCUACAGGGCCAGCCGUGAUCAACAGGGAUCGAUGGUGGAGCGGCGAGUCAUAGAUGCUAGAACGGAUGGAGACGGCGGUGACAGACGAAUGGCAACGGCGGCGACAGACGGAUGGCGAUUGGCGACGGCGGGGGGUGGCGUACGGGCAGCGACUAGUGGUGGGUGGCGGAAUCUGGCGAUGGCGGGGCUGCGCUGGGUGAGGUCGGAGACGACAGGCGGUGGCUGUGGGCUGGAGUGCCGCCGUGUGUGUGUGUGUGUGUGA